AUGGAUCGAGCAGCAUCACGGCCGUUCCCACGUCGACCUGUCCAGUGGAAUCGUCCAAUGACAAGACGGAACCCCGAGAUCUCCCGCAUUGAUUUACACACCAAAGACCAAAGACGCUUUGAAGAUGAAGGAACAAACCCUAGUCUCCUCUCCACCUUCCUCAAUAUCCCUGACUAUUCACCUCGGCUUGAGUACGAGUUGCCAGUCUUCCAAAAUGUUCUCGACGAAACGAUCUUGAGAAGAAUCUGCGAAGGCAAUUUCGAAAUGCCAAGUAACUUGGCAGCAUGGCUUCAUGAUCGAGAUCUCUCAAACAAACCAAGGAGUUAUAAUGGAUCGCUCUCACUUUUGGAUUUCGAUCGCCACCUCGAUUCACAGCCAAUCGGUAAAAAGGAUAUUUCAAAUGCUGAUACCCGCAAGAUCUGUAUCAACAACCCCUGUCAAUGGACACUUGGAGUUCUAGCUGUCAGAGCCCCUGAUCACCAAGCCCCAGUCAUCAGAGACUUCAUGUUCAAGCAUCUCACAGCCAAAACAUCCAUCGGCCUUGACACUGUGAUUGACGGUGGCUUCACUCUGGAGUUCCACUUGGCUUACCCCGUCUGGAAAAGGGAACCCUCUCCACGAAGAGAUCAGCGCGUUACUGGGGACGGUCUACCUUUACGCAAGUCCACAGAUUUAUCCUUUCUACCAGGCGCUGCAAGGUCGGGCCGGAUCGCACAUGGCUCGGACUACUUACACGAGGCUCAAACUUCUAUCUGUGUUACUGGACGUGAUACAUCUCACUGGACAGCAAUCGGCCUCAUGGAUUCUUACUUUGAAGACGAUAGCGACCCAAACAACGAAUACUUGCUACCGUUUUAUGUCGCCGACCCAUAUCCUGACCUAGAUAUGACUAGUUGCGAACUUGACGCACUUAGCAUUGCAAAUUUAACAGCUGACAAUGUGUCGGUCACGGAUCCGCGUGAAUACUUUCUUUUGGUAGUAAAGUUUCACGUCGCAAGGAUCACUCAGCAUUGGAUGAAUGUCCUUUUUAAGCUGAAAGACAUGAUUGACGAAUAUGUAAGUGGCAAAAUCCCACCAUUCCUCGAUAUCUACAGUAUAUGUGUAUGA